UUCUGAUACAAUAGAAAACUGGUUCUCAAACCCGACGGUUAAAACAAUAUUUUAUUUAUUCACUCAACAGUUGGAGCUACAACAAGAUGUAUUUAUUAUCAAUUGUGUUUGCUUAUAUUGUUCUCAUUUCUCAGGUUUUAGCUCAAGGCGACUCUCUGGAAAAAGCUAACGAUUUAGUAAACUCAAUAGAACAGACGACACGGAAGCUUAUUAAAACUUUGAGCGACACCGUUUAUGCCUUGGAUAAAGAUUUUAAGAAAGUGGUUGACAAUUUUAGAAAUAAUACAGAGAAACGUUUAAACAAAGACUACAAUCAAAUAGUGGAAACAAUCGAACAAUUGCGACUGGAAAAUCCUACCCUGGUCAAACAAUGCAUUGAACCUUUCACAAAAAAUAUCACAGAGCUCAGACAAACUGCAAAUUCGUUUCAGUCCUGCGCCACAUUCACAUCAAAUGGAGUUUCAAGGUACUUGGGAGAAAUUCUCAAACAAAUUGGCUGGAUCAAAGACAAGCAUCUUGCUUACAAGGAUAAAGUUGACGAAUGCGAUGGAAAUGUUGAUUGCGUGGAAAAUCUUUUACCAGAACUAAGAGAAGCGUUAAAGAAUUUGCCUGAAAAUAUUGAGGAAAAGAAUAAAUUAUUAAAUCAAUAUUUCGAUACAGGAAAACUGCAAAUCUGUGACACCGUUGAUGAAAUGAAUAAGGAAGGACAUAAAAUAAUAGAGGAAAUUCGAAAAUGUAUGAAAUUAAAUUAAAUGUAUGACAAUAAUAUUUCGUAAUUAAAACAAUUUCUC